AGCAUUUGAGCACCCAACAUCAGGGUGACUAACUGUACAGAUGGAGCUUACAUCAUGGUCAGUUUUAGCCUUAGCAGCCAUAGUUGCUGUCACCCUUCUCCGGCGAGUCAUCCCAGUCCCCCGCCACAAGCCAAAGCAGCCACCGGGUCCAAAGCCAUGGCCGAUUAUCGGAAACCUAAACUUAGUGGGUUCCAUCCCGCACCAAUCCUUCCACUUGUUAUCGGAAAAGUACGGCCCUAUCAUGCAGCUCAAGUUCGGCUCCUGCCCCGUCGUGGUGGCCUCCUCCCCCGAAAUGGCCAAGGAAUUCCUCAAAACACACGGCCAAGCCUUUGCCUCUCGCCCGGCCCUCGCCGCCGGAAAGUACACCAGCUACAACUUCUCUGACCUGCUUUGGGCGCCGUACGGUCCUUACUGGCGGCAGGCUCGCAGGAUCUACCUCAACGAGCUGUUCAGCCCGAAGCGACUGGACUCGUACCAGUAUAUUCGCGUGGAGGAACAGCGGGCUCUGGUUUCCCGGCUUCGCGGGCUGUCGGGAACGACGGUGGUAAUGAGGGAACAUUUGACUCGUUUCACGCUGACCAGCACGAGCAGAAUGACGCUGGGCGACAAGUACUUCAGCGAAUCAUCGACGGGCGAAGGCGGUCACCGCGGGGUGAAGCUGGCAGAGCUGCAGGGGAUGUUGGAUGAGUGGUUUGUGCUCGGCGGCGUGUUCAACAUCGGCGACUGGAUACCGUGGCUCAGCUUCCUGGACUUGCAGGGCUACGUGAAGCGGAUGAAGGCGUUGUACAGGAAGCUGGAUAGGUUUCACGACCAUGUGAUCGACGAUCACAAGGAGAAGGCGACGAGGAGAGCCGCCGCGGGCGACAAGGAUUCCAUGCCCAAGGACAUUGUGGAUGUGCUGCUGCAUCUUGCCGAUGAUCCUGCUCUUGAAAUUAAGCUCACUACCGAUUGCAUCAAGGGUUUGAUACAGGACCCGAUCGCCGGCGGCACAGAUACCUCGGCGGUGACCGUGGAAUGGGCAAUAUCUGAACUCAUGAAGCAUCCACUCAUCCGGGUGAAAGCAGUCGAAGAGCUCGACGGAGUUGUCGGCAGAGGCAGAUGGGUGGAAGAGGAAGACAUCCCACAGCUUCCUUACCUCAACGCCAUCGUCAAGGAAACCAUGAGGCUUCAUCCGGUGGCUACGCUGUUGGCGCCGCAUUUGUCCAUCGAAGAUUGCAGCGUCGCCGGGUACGACAUUGCCAAGGGGACGACUCUGUUCGUCAAUGUGUGGAGUAUCGGGAGAGAUCCCAGAUGCUGGGACGAACCUCUGCUGUUUCGGCCGGAGAGGUUCUUGGGGGAGAAGAAUCAGAUAGACGUGAAGGGACAUCAUUUUGAGCUGUUGCCUUUCGGUUCAGGCCAGAGGAUGUGUCCGGCGUACAGGCUGGGAAUGAAGAUGAUCCAGUCGACGUUGGCUAACUUGUUGCAUGGAUUCGACUGUAGAUUGCCCGGUGGCGUCAAACCGGAAGAAGUGGACAUGGAAGAAGAGUAUGGGCUGACGACUCACAGGAAGAUUCCGAUCGCCGUCGCGAUGGAGCCCCGAUUUCCAGAUCAUAUGUACGAGUUACUAGUUAGUACAAGUAAUUAAGAUAACUGUAGCCAGUUAUCUUAAUUACUAGUUAGUACAAUAAUUAGUUUACUUUCAGUUGUUCA